AAGUCCUAAAAAUGUAAAAUAUAAUUUUUGACUGGAGUUGUUGAACCCACAUAUUUAAAGUGAUAAAGUUGUUCAAAAAUACUUUGGGAUUGGACAUGUCGACAGUCGUCAUCAGGAUAUUGCGAGACCACACAGAGAAGAGUGUCUAAUUCAGCAGUUAACCUUGGAGUUGAUUAUUUGAUUCAUCCUUCUCAGCAGCAUCAUAUGAUCGAUUAAUAGUGGUGGCGCAGUAGAUUUAUUUCUUCAAUGAGACUCAUUAUUAACACAAGUCAUUCUCAGAUUUGACUUUGUAGGAAACAAUUGAAUCGUGUUUAUUUAAUUAAUGAGACAUAUACGUUACCCCCGAACGAGCACCAUCAGUACUCAAAGUACGGUAGUGGUGUGGUAAGUAUGUCUUCAAAAUGAUUCGUCCAACAACACAGUCAAGAUCACCAUGAACAAUUUACAAGCAGAUCAUCCCAUCUCAUUUUUCUCAAUUGGACCAAUCUUCUUCCCUUUUUACUUCAUCUCACAGCUUGUAAAAUCAACAGGUCCAUUUCGUUCGUCCAGCAACAGCAGCAGCAGCGUCUCAGUUCAUCAGUCGUCAAAUAAUCAUUGACCCCAAAAGACUUGGAUGUUGAUACUUAACCUUACCAGCUGAACUUUUUUAUACAUACUUAAUUAUACAGUUUCUACAUUGUUUUGAAAAAUAUUGACCUUAGCUGUAAAAACUAUAUAACUCGACAUAAUUUUCGGAUAAUCCAUCAUAGUUUUUUUCUUGUAUGACAUUCAAACACGUGCAUAAAGCACGAUGGAAUUGAUGUUAUUGAAACGUGAGAAAAGAUUUUAAUGUGAGUUUAAAGUAGUUUACUAUACAUAAAAGUGAAAAAUGAGUUCCUCAAGAGAAACGCAGUGGGUCAGGACGGGAGCAGUGGGUCAAAUAUUGGAAGGACGGGGAGCCAAUUCCUAUGCGAAUAGGUGUAAACUUGUUAGAUUGGUGGGAGCAGUUGGAAUAUUGCUUUUGUGUGCAUCAAUCUCAGGAUCCAAGUACAGUUUUGUUACCGCAACGCCAGAUAAUUUACUGAGCUUAAACCACAAUGACAACCACACACCUUCUCCUAGAAUUCCACUUGUGCCACAAGAACCAGCCAGCCACAGCCAAGACAUAUACACCAGAGCGGUCGAGUUUUUGGUGAACAAGAGGACGAGACUCCAACAACAGCAAAAAUUGCAUCGGCAACUUUUACAACAGUACAAGGAACAUCACAUAACUCACCCCGGAGUCAGUGUCAGUGUCAAGGUUCAUGAUAACAAUGCUCACUACUCGAUGCUCUCCUUACGUAGCUCAUCUAGUCUCAACAAUAAUUCCUCGCCCAAUGUUGAGGAGCAUUUUGAAAUGGACGAUGACAACGAGAAGAGCAAUUAUCUGCCAAGGAAAAGAGCUGACGACAGGUCAAAGGUUCAUCAUGAGCCGGAUGAUGGCAAAGGGGGUCUGUUGAGGAAGGAAAUGGAAAUUGAUGAGCUGACACAUCAGGUUGUGGACGCGACAUUGAAUCAAACGUCGACAAGGCUGACCAGUACGGGUGAUGGUGGUGACAGCAGGAGUACUUCUACGAGGGAAGACUCAGGUCGAUCUCUGGACGGUGUAUCGUCCAUAUUUUCCAGAUUUUCCAGUGUGCUAGACCUCAGCCGAGUGGUACGGGAAAUUGAGACUUCGGUCAUGAGUUCUGUGUCCUGCAGUGCUUGUAAAGCAGGCGUUAGUCUACUCAACCACUACGUUCAAAGUGGACGACGGAAUUCCGAAAUUGCUGCUGCUGCUAUAAAGCUUUGUAUCAAUCUAAAGAUGCAGACACCUCGUGUUUGUACUGGAAUUGUUGACAUUUACGUGGAUGAGAUUGUUGAGGUGCUCAAAGGGGUGGUCCUUGACUCCAAUGACAUUUGUGCCCUAGUUAUAGGCGAGACUUGCGGAGUUCCUGUGUCUCCCAAUUGGCGGUGGGACGUUGCUUUUCCUCCCAUCCCAAAACCACCUUUUCAUGGGUUUCCGGAACCAAAGAAAGGAGCACCAAAACUGAAGGUGCUUCAGAUAUCUGACACUCAUUGGGACCCUUACUACGAACCAGGAAGCAAUGCAGAUUGUGGGGAACCUCUAUGUUGCAGAGUAACAUCGGGACCAAAGCCACCGAGACCGCACUUGGGUGCAGGCCUUUGGGGGGAUUAUCGAAAGUGCGAUACUCCUCGUAACACAAUGGAAUCCAUGUUUGAACAUAUUAGCAAAGUUCACAGCGACAUUGAUUACAUCAUUUGGACUGGAGAUAUUCCGGCCCAUGAUGUUUGGAAUCAAACCCAUGACACUAAUCUGAAAAUGAUUAGGGAAACGGUCGACUUGUUUUCACAAUAUUUCCCGUACGUUCCAAUUUUUCCUGCGCUUGGAAAUCAUGAAGCAGCUCCAGUCAAUGGGUUCGCCCCUCCAUGGGUUACCGAUCCAAAGUUCAGCAUCGACUGGUUGUACAAGGAGCUUCAAAACGAUUGGUCAAGAUGGUUACCAGACACGACACAAACCACGAUAAGGGAAGGAGCCUUUUAUUCCACACUCAUCAAACCAGGAUUCAAGUUGAUCUCACUUAACAUGAAUUACUGCAACAACAAAAAUUGGUGGUUACUUGUAAAUAGUACUGACCCCGUGGACGAGUUAAAGUGGUUGAUCUUUGAGCUACAAUCCUCAGAAUUACUCGGUGAAAAGGUUCACAUUAUUGGUCACAUACCCCCCGGUCAUGCCGACUGCAUGGCUACAUGGUCUACAAAUUAUUAUGACAUCAUAUCUCGAUACGAGGGAACUGUCGCAGCUCAAUUUUUUGGACACACACAUUACGACGAAAUGGAAAUCUUUUAUCCCAAAGAAGACCCUUACAGGGCUGCAAGUAUAGCAUAUAUUGGACCUUCAGUGACACCAUAUUUCAAUCUCAACCCAGGGUAUAGGAUUUACUACGUUGAUGGCGAUUAUCCAAUGUCCACCAGGAGCGUGGUAGAUCAUGACACUUGGGUGACUGAUCUCGGAGAAGCCAAUCGUGUACGGGCCAGACAAUUGACGUGGUACAAGUUAUACUCAGCUAGAGAAGCCUACGGUCUUUCCUCUCUCAACCCUCUGCAAUGGGACGAGUUGGUCAUGUCCAUGUACGAGAACAAGCCACUGUUUAAUCUAUACUACAGAUUUUACAACAAAAAUUCGCCAGUGGCACCAGAAUGUGAUGCGGAGUGCAAAGCGAGACUCUUAUGCGACAUUCGGUCAGGACGAAGCCAUGACCGUGAAGAGCUGUGCAAACCCCGUCCUCCUCAUAUUCGUAUAAGUCGAGGUGGACUUGCAGAACCCAAGCCCCCAAGUAAAUUGUCCCAAAUAUUCAGCUUGAUAUCCUCGGCAUUUUCGUCCUUAUUUGGUUAUAUAACGUACCCAUUUGGGUAGACAUUGCUGCAUGGGAUUGAGUUGGAGAAAUUAACGAUAAUCUUAGUAAUACGAAACCACAUGACGACCGCGUGCAGCAAGUACUAGACGCGACCAAAGACCUCAAAUUAGACUGAUGCAUGUUGCACCUUAUUCAAAAACUAAAAGUACACACGUAACUGUAAUUCGACAACAUCAUGGAACGAUUCUCAUCAAUAGUUACCUGAUACUGAACCCACCCAGAAGUUGGCAAAUCACAAAUCUUAAUGACUACUAGGCGCCAUUAGUGUCCGGUUACACUUCAAAGCAGUCACUUCAAUACAUGACGUGUAGCUAUUAAAAAGAUAAGACUUAGGAUAUGUAUCAAUUUACAAAGUACCUGGGACUUUUGCAAAAGAACUUAAAUAUUCUAUUGUAUUGAGUUUUAUCUGAAAUACGUGAUGCCAUAUAUUUAUCAAGAUAAGGACUCGUACUGGCCGAAUUUUACAAUGCAAUAUUUUUUCUUAUAAGGGUUCUCUCUUUCUUCUUUCAUUGGAUAAUUACUUGCUCAUAAUUUUUUGGUGCCAGUCUGCCUGGACAUGAAAGACGAUUUGCCAUGAAAUAUUCCAUUAGUUGAAUUAAGUAACACACUACAUAUGCACAUAUGCACUCUUUAAUAACCAAGCGAAUUUUAUUGUUAUUCAUGACAAACUGAAUUGGUGCAUGGUACCAGAAUGUAUUGUUACUUAUAUUUGUAUGCACGUAAAAUAGAUGAUGUUAGAUCUUGAUUUAUAUAUAAAUCUAUUUUCGCAUCUGUUCGUUCGUGCUCGCUUAAGCAAAUUGGCAUUUGGCUUGUACACUAAAUAAGGAUGUGAAAUUUGAUGCAGACUUUAAUUUGAACAUAUGAGCAUGCUGUUUGUGAUGCCUUUUCAAUAAUGAUAAUCAUGCUUGCAUUCCACUGUACUCUUUUUAACCGUAUUAUGUGCCUACCUAUGUUUGAGAUGGCAUGUCCUAUAUAUAAGUGAAUGUAUAUAAUAAUAAAGUUUGUCGGUUGAAUAUAUUUAA